AUGUCAGCGAAACGCCCCAGACUCGCGUCCCCGGUACGGUAUAAUCGCCUGCCGAUCCCAGAAACCGACAUCGAUACCUCCUUUCCCCGUUAUCAGACACUAUCUCCCAGGCUUGUACUAAGAACGGAUUCGCAAGUAUGGGGACUCCCCGAGUCAGCAGAAAUACGCGCUAUUCACACUCUUGAGACUACGCCAGAGAAUGAACAGCUGGUUCGGACUCAUCAUCCGGCAUUGCGACUACGUGAUCUAGUUUACGUAUCGCAUCCCCAGUACGGCCCUGAGGUCUGGCUUGUGAACGGCGCGUGCGAAGACAUUGAAGCGGGGGGGCGACCGUUGCACCCUUAUCCUGAGGAUAGACGGAACCUUUACCCGUCUGGAAUUUUGACUCCACGUUCACCAUGGAAGGAGGAUUACCUUUUUAAGGAAGGUAUCAACCCAAGAAAGUUUCUGUCCCCUGAGAAGAUUGAUGGCUUGCGCGAGCUUUUCCCCACGGCAGUAGGGGCCCGUGUUUUCGUCAGUGGAUUCCUGGUAGUCCUUUUCAAAUCACUCCACGACAUUCAAGCCAUAUAUGAGGAAAACUGGAUUAUGGAAGCUGGUGGUUUGCGAAUACUCUAUGAUGAAUAUAGGCUUGAAGCUACCGCCGAUACCGUUACAUCCGGCAUGGAAGUUUGCGACAAACCUGAGAGUCUCCAGGGUCAAGGCUGCUUAGGCCUGAGAAUUCGGAUGAACGAUGGAAAAGAAGCUAUCACAACUGUAACGCAUGGCUUUGUGAGGAACCCUCGACGCUCCCGUAUGACGAAGAUGUUUUCCGAGUGGAUCCUAAGAGCCAAGAGGGCUCUUCUAUGCCUCCGGAAUCCACCACCUCAAUCUGAUACUUCUGCUAUUGGAGUCGUACGGAACUCCAAUAAAAAUUCUCCGAUUGGGAAAGAGGUUUGGUUAGCAACGGAGAAAAAGAGGAUCGGUACCAUCUCCUACACAUUCGACGAUCCAAGCCCAGUUCUUCCGUUUCCCUCUGGCUAUCGGCACGACCUUAGCCUCAUUAUGGACGAUGAGUUACCUCAGCUUAUCAGCCCGCCUGGUUAUCCCGCUGUGUCGGAAUGGGCGUCAUACUCUACUGUACUCGUUGGGUCCGAUGUCUACGUUGUCCGAAUGAAUACAGUCGUUGGGAGGUGGGCUCUUCUCGAAGGAACCGUUGGCCCGAAUGCAAUUAGAAACGCAACGGUUAUAGGUACCCAGUACCUAUGGGACCGCACUGCGCAUUCACAGACUGCAUCGCUUCUAUGGAAAACGAAGGAACCGUUUAGCCCUGCCGAUGGAUGGUCGGGAUCCGUUCUCUGUCUUGGACGGCCGACGGAUGAGUUGAGCCAAGCCGUUGUAUUUCAGAAUUUCGAAGUGCUCUGUACCACGUUCGUCGAACUCGAACCCGGUAGAACUCAAGACGUACUUGUUAAAGGGGGAUUCUUACUCCCUGAAUCGAUACGGUCUUCUCAAAUUGUCAUCGGCAAUGACGAGCACCGGGGCAGGAAUUCCGAUAUAUAUCCGCGCCGCAGGACAGAACGCGCAGUUCUAGACCGUCGGGUAUUUUCGGCUCUCUAG